UCGAUUCCCUAGCAUAACAAUUUUGAACCCUCAAUAGACAACAUAUAGCUCCAUUUUAUAAAUUUAAAACAAAUUGAAACGAAAGUGUCGCAAACAGAAAAUAGAAAAUCAAAAGAAUGUCCCAACCGCAAUCUCCGAAAUUAGUGCAAAAUAUGGACGACCAGGCGGAUCUGAAACAGUGGCUAAAGGAAGAGCGCAUUAUCCUUGACCUGCGUGCUCGGCGCCUCUUCUCCGAUGUUUUGCCAGUGGCCAAGAUUGUCAAGCGAAGCCAUCCCCGUUUGGUGGAUCUGCACAACUAUCCGCCCAGAAGCAGUGUGGCUCUGAAGCUCCAAAGCUGGGAGACCUUCAACUUGAAGGUUCUAAAGAAAUUGGGCAUCAAUAUACCGCGUUCGGGAUUGGAGAAACUUGCAGCCGCUGUGCCUGGAGCUAUUGAAGCCCUAUUCCAGGAACUGAUUGCAGUGACCAAGUGCGGCAGCCCGAGACCAAGUCCCAUGUUGGAAGUUUCACCGACGCGUUCGCAGAAAAGCGAAAUGGUCAAACCUUUGGCUAACAAAGAUACCCGGAAACGCAACCUUCAGCGAUCCCUGACCCAGGUGAUCGAGCGUUCAUCCUCCGGUGAGAAGCCGCCCAAAGUACUGACCAUGGAUGUGGAGGUCGUGGUGAAUGGCGAAACGAAGAAGGUGGCCCAAAAACUAGUGGCCUACGAACAUUAUGCCGCUGCCAUGAGGAAAGGCGCCGAGAAGUCCGAAUAUAUAAACACCAUCACGCAGAAGGCGGAAUAUCUGGAGAGUAUAAUUGCCGUGAAGGAGGAGCGCAUCUCCGAGCUGAUGGAUCAACUGGGAAAACUGUCGGUGAGCAUUCUUUCCAUGCGACCCAUGCUCAGCGAUAACGAUGAUGAUAACAGGAUCAGUAUAAAUACCCAUACCCAUAUUAACGAAAGCGUUUCCGAGCCUUGCUUCCAACUGACCACCUAGCCAAACGAGGAGCCAAAAGGAGUCGCUUUCCAAGGAUCUAGGAUACAAGAUUCCGAAGCUAAGACCAAUUAUCCUUUUUGAGAUCGAGCCGCCGUUUGAUCCUUUCAUACAACAACUUUCCACCGAACUGAAAACUGAAAACAAUACCUUUUCGACUCCGCUGUUGGACGACCGCAUGUUAUUGGAUAUGUCUCUACUAUAUAUAUUUUGUAUUUCAAUUUGGUUUCUUACAACAACAACACUUUCUUUGGCUUCAACCCAAUAAACAAAGCGAAAUUAUGUCGUUCAGAGUGAAUAAUCGCA